AUGGUCAACAUCUUCAUUACUGGAGCCACUGGCUACAUUGGCGGCGACACUCUAUAUGAGCUUUACAACAAGCAUCCCGAGUACUCAUACACGGCUUUGGUUCGCACACCCGAGAAGGGCAAGUCUGUCACAGACAAGUUCCCCAAGGUCAAGACCGUACAAGGAGACAAUGAUAGCAGCGACUUGCUAAAGGAGGAAGCCUCCAAGGCAGAUAUUGUCAUCCACACCGCGGAUGCCUCUGACCAUGAGGGAGCCGCAAAGGCUAUUGCUGAGGGUCUUGCCUCUGGUCACAGCGCGUCAAAGCCAGGCUACUGGCUACACACCGGUGGAACUGGUAUCCUGACCUACUUCGAUUCAUCAGCGGACAAGCUUGGUGAACACACCGACAAAGUCUUCGACGAUCUGGAUGGUGUGGACGAGCUGAUCGAUCUUCCCAAAGAAGCCUUCCACAAGAACGUCGACGAGAUUGUCAUCAAUGCCGGCACAAACGCAUCUGGUGUGGUCAAGACGGCCAUCGUCUGCCCUCCCACUAUCUACGGUGAUGGUAGAGGACCCUCUCUUACUCGCGGCCGCCAGGUAUACGAACUCGCAAAGACUGUGCUGGAUAUCCAGGCCGCGCCUCUCAUUGGCGGCGGCAAGGCAAUGUGGAACAAUGUGCAUGUCCACGAUCUAGCUCGCGCCUUUGUCCUCCUGGUCGAGGAAGCAGCAAAGAACAACACUGACUCCAAGCUCUGGGGCAAGAACGGCUACUACUUUACCGAGAACGGCGAGCACGUCUGGGGAGACUUGAGCAAGGUUAUUGCCGAGAGUGCUAAGCAGCAGGGUCUGCUCAAGGAAGUCAAGUCGGAGCAGAUGGAUAUGGAGACUGCAAAGAAGACUGCUGGGUUCGAGGCCGUCAGCUGGGGCUGGAACUCCAGAGGCAAGGCUAGAAGGUUCAAGGAGGUGUUGGGCUGGAAGCCUCAGGAGAGGAGCAUUGAGGAUGAGGUGCCAACGAUCGUCAAGAACGAGCACGGGAGAAUGCAGCAGAAGAAGAAGUAA